UCAUAUUACAGCGUCAGUAGCCAUUGUAAUCUUGUGAAAUAAUAUUCAAUCUCAUUCCAUCCUUACUCUAUGGAAUUACCAAUUGCUGUGAAUUUAUGAAUUUAUGAUCUUUCUUAUGUGUUUAUUAUGGAUUCGUGUUUUAAACACCAGGAAAUUAUCUGAUCGUUUCAAAUUAGUGCUUGAACCCUGAACUCUGAACAAUGGCUACGGGUCGCCGAUCACGAUCUCGCUCAAAUUUAAUGCAAACGCUAGAAAUUGACAAUCCUUCCAAUUGGACUGUAGGUGUAUUGAAACAGAAACUAGCUGAUAUUAGUAUCGUGCUAAACGUACAACUCUCUCAUAGUGCAUUAAAACGAAUUUAUUUGGAUAAUGUCGGAAGCAAUGUGAACAACGUUUAUGUUGCUUCGUCUGGAUCGAUAGCUAGUAAUCCUGUUCCAAUGUCUGUUGAUUCGUCGUCUGGAAAUGAUGUAGGAACUCACACAAACGCUUCUCUACAAAUUCCCAAUGCCAUUCAGACAAGUCAAAUUACAAGUUUACAUCCGGAUUUGGCAAGACCGUCCGUUUCUAGUACGCCAUUACCUACUUCCACUUCACUUCCGGGAAUAACAACGAUGGCGGCUGAUAGCCAAGCACAGUCACAGAAUGUUCUCCUAACAACCUUGCAACUAUGUCAGCAAGCCAUUUCUUCUUCUUUAAACUCCACAAUGAGCAAAACCACGGAAGACAGAUCUUUUAAUUUAAGCACCGCUAUGUCUAAUUCGGGCGCAGGAACUCCCUCUUCACAAAUUGCUGCCGUGGAUUUGGUAUCUCCAGAGAUUCGAGCAGACAUUGUAGCAGAUGGACAGAUUUCGUCAGUUGGCUCCAGAGGCAGACAGAAACAACACUCCAUGCCCACCUUUGAUGGAAAUGAUCUGGACAGCGUCGUGAACAAUUUAUGGAAUUAUUCCAUUUCUAGUAAAACUCAAGCACAAUACAAAGUUGGAUUGGACACUUAUGUUAAAUUUUCUUUACUUAGAGGUUUUCAUGUACAAACAGACAACAGUCUACCUCCUAUUUCUGAGCAGACUUUAGUGUAUUUUGUUGCUUAUUGUGAUGAUCAUCUUCAUUUGUCUUAUUCUACAAUCAAAUUAUAUCUUACUGGCAUUAGAUUUUUUUUUAUCUAAAAAUGAAAGGAUUCAAUCCUUUAGAAAGUGUAGCAGGUCAACCUUUAGCAUGUUUACAGACAGUUUUAAAUGGUGUUAAGAAAAAACAAACUUGUAAAUAUGUAAAACGAACGAGAUUACCAAUAACAAAUUC